CGGAUAAUUGAAAAGCCAGGCCGGCGUCCAAAGAUCCCAGAUCCUUCCGAGGAAGCCAUGGACGGCUGCCAAAGCCAAUCAUCAAUAGAGGCUGCCAACCCCUUGAAGAAGUGCACUAUCCAAGUUCGAAGAAGCAGACCUCUUGUUUUAAUUAAUCAUUGGAAGAGAUCCCAUCCUAUCCUACCGGUAUCAUCAUUGUUGCUGAAAGAAGCAUUCAUUUGUUAAUCAAUUAGUCAAGUCAAGAAAGAGCAUGAACGGCACUUCCAACAAGGACACGACAAUGACUGAUGCUAGCAAAGACAAGCCCGGCUACGGUUGGAGCAACGGAGAAAUGAAUCCGCAAAUGUUUCCCGUAACGCGUGACGGCCGUAUUCAGCUGUAUUCUCGAGAACGUCGUUGGAUCCAUGUGAAUGAUGGUUGGACGAGAUUGGGAGGAGGCGCCAACGAGCACUCGGCAGUGACAUUCUCGUCUCAAUCGGGCGACGCCUUGACGGAAUGUCGCGACGAAGAAGCACGAACGGUGCGGUCGUUGAUUGCGCAACUCUGCGAGACGUUUUACCAACAGGGGUGGGCCACUGGCACGGGAGGAGGCUGUUCGAUCCGUGUGGGUGGUCCCAGUGAGAAUCGACCUUGGCGAGUCUUUGUGGCGCCCAGUGGAAUUCAGAAAGAAGACAUGGUGGGCGACGACGUUUUUGAAUUGGAUAUGGAUCGAAAUGUGGUCGUCGAACCCAAAACUCCCAAUCUCAGACAGAGUGCCUGUACGCCUCUGUGGUAUGUCGUCUACAGGAAUAGACCAAACACCAAAUGUGUCAUUCACACGCACAGUAUGAAUGCGCAAAUGGCGACACUCCUGGAUCCUACCGAAACUGCCAAUACGCUCAAUAUCACCCAUUUGGAAAUGCUCAAGGGGGUGGGAAGUCACGCAUACGAUGAUCAGCUCGAAAUACCCAUUAUUGACAAUCGUCCUUCGGAAGAUCUGCUCGCAGAUCAGCUAGAAGCUGUCAUUCAAAAAUACCCAAAAUGCAAUGCUGUGCUGGUCCGGCGACAUGGAGUCUAUGUCUGGGGCGAUUCAUGGGAAUCCGCCAAGACACAGUGCGAAUCCUUUGAUUAUCUAUUCCAAUCGGCGGUUCAAAUGAAAACAUUGUUGCACAUGGAUCCUGGGCUUCCUCCCAAGAGUGGAACAUAUCGCGUCGACAAUGUGAGUGAAACGUUCAUGAAAACUCCAGUGACAAUACCUCGUCGCAAGAAAGCAAAGCCCAGUUCGGCGGCCGAAGGAUUCAAUGGCAUUGGGCAAGCCAACAACCGGGAUGAUUUGCUAUCCAAUGCCGUACCCAUUCUACCGCGAGAUGCCAAAGUCCUGCUACUCGAUGUGGAAGGAUGCACCACUUCCAUUUCGUUUGUCAAAGAUCAAUUGUUCCCGUAUGUAUUGGAUCACCUGGAUGACUUUGUCGACUCUACUCUACAACCCAACAAGCAAGAGUAUCAGGAAACUGUGGUGGCGUUGACGGCGGAUCUGACUUUGGUCGGACAACCCAUCCCGGAGGAAAGCAAAAACGAUGUUAAAUGGAUGGUGCGGAAAUUAAUGGAACAAGAUAUCAAAGUACCAGGCCUCAAAACCCUGCAGGGAAAAAUGUGGAAGGUCGGAUACGAACGGGGAACUUUACACGGACAUGUCUACUCGGAUGUGUGGCCUAUGCUACAAUGGAUGAAGACCAAAGGCUGUCGUGUCUGCAUAUUUUCCUCCGGUUCGGUGCAAGCGCAAAAACUGCUGUUGGGGCAUUCCGUAGCCGGCAAUCUGUGUGACUAUGUGGAGGCUCAUUUUGAUAUCCCAACCGCAGGCAACAAAAAAAUGGCGGGCUCGUACAAGAAAAUUGCCGAGGCGCUGGGAGUCUCACCUUGGCAUGUUGUCUUUUGCAGUGAUUCCGAAGCCGAGUUGGUGGCAGCCAAAGAAGCUGGUAUUGGAUACCAGGUCAUGACCAUUCGGCCCGGGAAUGCGCCAAUCUCGGAUAUCGGCAAGGAGUACCCGGAAGUGUAUUCACUGUUGCAGCUGUGUGGUGAAUAAGUUGAGGCAAGCAAGCAAAAAAAGAACCCUCGCCCCCCCUGCGUAUCAGAACUCAAUCUGCUGGUUUGGUUGUUGCUACCUACCUCGUGUGUGAAGCAUAGAUAUUAGACCUUUCGCUGCAGAUGUGAUAGACUGGGUGUGAUAUGUAUUUGUGUGUUGUAACGGUGCGGAAGGAAGAAAUGCACUGAAGAAAUACCAAGGUCCCGGGCUGUACCAAUUAAAUAACUACUAUAACAUCUUUGCAUAAUAUU